GUGCGAUCUGGGUUCUAGAAGCGAACUUACGCUCGCGCCUCUCUCGCUCGUCAUUUUGCCGUUUGCCGUCGCAUUGCCAAGUGAAGAAGGAUGUUGCGCUCGCCGCUUGUUCGCCGCUCGCUCUCGCUGUUGAGCGACCCGUUCAACGCCAAGUUGUGGGAGGUGCUGCGCCCGUCGUCGUGGCACCCGCUCGUGUCCCUCGAGCACUCGCUCCACGAGCUCAAGGGUUUUGGCCGCGACAAGAUCAUGUACGCGGCACCGCACGUGCCGGGCGCGACUCCGUCGGCGAGCGAAGAAAACGAAUUCUUUGAGGAUUUGACCAAGGACGCCAGCGACGCGAUUAGCGGUGACGCGCAGCCGUUUGCCAACUACUCGUACAGCAGCGCCGUCAUCGUGGACAAGGAUGGCAAGCGCCUCGCGAGCAUUCGCCGCCGCUACGAGGACUCGAGCGGCCGCCUCAAGGCCACCCACACCCGCGAGAUUGGCGACAAGCGCGUGCUCACCAAGUGGAACCGCGCCGACCACAAGGACAAGGGUCGCUACGAGACGGUCUGCGACUCGGGAUCGGCCGAUGAAUUUGAGAAGCUCUGGGCGUCGACAGAAUUCGGAUCGGCGUCCAAGGAGCUCGAGGAUGGGACGCCAGCAAAGGAGGCGAAGACGCCGGAGCUUCAGGAAAAGGUGGCGUAAGGUACUUACUUAGGUGCGGUGUAGUACUCGUACCGCUCGUCGGUAGUCUAGCCCCAUUCUAUUCAGUUGAAUUUGAAAUCAAAUGCAUUCUACGAA